AUGCGCGUCGAGGAAGGAUUCCAGCAGGUUCCUUUCAAUGAAGGCAAUCCAUACACCGAAGAUCCUGCUUUACCGUUUCUACUCAGACGACUCAUUCCUCCCAGAUUGUUUGAUGAGGAGAUAGAACCUGAAUUGAAGCGGUUUGGGGUCGAGGUGAUCACAAAUAUCCGCGCACAAAGCAGCGGGAGUCGUAUAUCUCCGCCCAAACUCGUGCAAUAUGAUAACUGGGGACAGCGAGUGGACGAAUUGCACACCAGCGAAGGAUGGAGAAGUCUUAAGGCUAUUGCUCAACGAGAAGGGGUCCCUGGCAUUUUUUACGAGCGCAAGUAUCGCGAACAUAGCCGUACUUUCGGAUUUGCCAAGGCGCUGAUGAUGGUAGGCGACUCGCACGAGGUCUUCUGUCCAUUGAGCAUGACUGAUGGAGCUGCACGGGUCAUAGAGCUUAUGGGCACGGAAGGUAUGAAAAGGGAAAUAUUACCAAAGUUGAUAAGUCGAGAACCAUCUUCAGCGUUUGUAGCUGGUCAAUGGAUGACAGAGAGGCCAGGAGGGUCCGACGUCUCUCAAACAGAAACCAAGGCACAAUCCCUGGGAGAUAGCGACCAACUGGGAAUUAAAUACUCAUUGAAUGGCUUCAAAUGGUUUUCUAGUGCCACAGAUGGUGACAUAGCGUUGGCACUGGCUCGCACCGGACCCGACAGUGAUAGCUCUAAGGGACUAUCUCUAUUCCUUGUACCCCUGAGGACGCCGCUCCUGGGUAUUGAGCCAGGUUCAUCGAUUAGUAAUGGAAUACGCGUCCAUAGACUCAAGAACAAGAUAGGCACGCAUGCACUUCCCACUGCAGAGCUAUCCUUAGAACAAACGUUUGCAUAUCUUGUUGGCUCUCCCAAUCAGGGUGUCAAAAACAUUCUCCCUGUACUGAAUAUCACCCGAGUAUGGUCCGCAAUAGCCUCCAUUGGAGGUUUGCGAAAAUGCCUCGCUAUUGCAACAGCUUACGCUGAUGUCCGUAGGAUUGACGGAGGAAGGAAAUUACUCAGAGACGUGCCUUUGCAUGUAGCGCAACUUGCAUCAAUUAACCUGGUAUAUCGUGCAUUGACACAUUUCGGAUUCGGAGUCGUUGUGCUCCUCGGUCGUGUGGAAUGCGGAGUUGCGUCUGCGGCAGAACAGAAUCGGCUGCGAAUGUUUACGCCUUUGAUAAAAGCAUUUGCAGCGGAAAAAGCAGUCGCAGCCAUGGAAGAAGCAAUGGCUGGACUAGGUGGCCAAGGGUACAUGGAGGAGACUGACAUCGGAAGGCUAAUCAGAGAUAGUCUGGUGGAAAGGAUUUGGGAAGGAACAACCACUGUUUUAUCUUUGGAUCUUCUUCGUUCCACAACCGAUCCCGCCCGAUUAAAGGAAUUUGUUUCAUGGUGCAAUUCAAUUAUCCUAUCGUGUCCGCCCGGUCUGCUUAAAGGAGUCCAAGAAGCUAUCCAAUCUCUCCAAGGGAGGCUGGACAGUCUUCUCGCAGCUUUCCUACAUCCAGUAUCAUCAUUAAUUGCUCGGUCGUCGCUCAUGUUCAUCGGGUACAUUGCCUCGGCCAUUUAUUUACUAGAGCACGCAGUGUGGUCUCAUAAUAGAGGCGAGGAGGGAUACGAAAUAGAUGCUGAAGUUUUUCGAAGAUGGGUCAAUGAAAGUGGUUUCGUUGCUGCUGAGCACGAGUUGGAUAGGACAAGAGCGGAGGCGAAAUUUGCGGAUACUUCGAAUUCUGCCAUUGUGUUUGGACGACGGGGCCGCGCAAAAUUAUAG